AGUUUUUUGCUUUCUAACUGCAAUACAUCAACCUUUUAAUAAAAAGAAACAUAUACAAAAAACAAAUAUUUUUUGAGUUUUUAACUCAACAAUUACUUAUAAUCUUCUCUCAAAUUUUGAACCUGAUCUUCAUAGAUGUUCCUGCAAAUGGUACCUAUUUUGUAAGUUAUGAAGCCAUAACCAAAUUAUUAGUAGAGAGUACUGGUUCUGAGUCAAAAUUCUUUGCUUCAGUUUUUGCUGGUGGGGUUGCUGGAAUGGCAUACUGGAUUUUAGGCAUGCCAGCCGAUGUGCUCAAAAGUCGUUUACAAACAGCGCCGGAAGGUACUUACAAGCGAGGUAUUCGUGAGGUCUUUGUAGAACUUAUUAAAACCGAUGGACCUUUUGCUUUGUAUCGUGGUGUUACACCUGUAAUGAUACGUGCUUUUCCCGCAAAUGCAGCCUGUUUUUUUGGUAUUGAGUUGUGCAAUAUGUUUCUUAAUUGGGUGGCUCCAAAUUUUUAAUAUUAAAUUUUAAAAUGUUUUUUUAUUUUUUAUUUUAAUUGGCAUGCAUUUUUUAUUUUAUAAUAAUGUUAACAAAAUUUUAUUAUAAAAAUAUAAAAGAUACAAUUAGACCAUUUUGAUUUUCAAAUUGUUUACAAAAUUUUUAAAGUUUUUUUUUUAAUUAAGAUAUUUAACAUUUUUGUAUAUUAUUAACUAAACUUAAAUUGUUACAAUAUUAUUGGUUAUCUUAAAUUAAUGUUUUUCUAGUGGCAUGUUUUAAGGAUAUUUAGAUGUUAUUACAAUUUUGUUUUUUAUUUAACAAAACGCUUUUAGUUUAUGUUUCCUUUCUUUAUAAGUUUGGCUGCCACAAAAACAUUUUAACAUUAAAUAUUUUUGUUAUUUUAAGGGA